UUAAGACACAAGAGAGGAGAAACGGCCCUCCACCGGUCCUCUCCGGCUCAGGAUAAGAUAACGCGAUCCGCAGCCGCACCGUAAGCCUCGGUCGCCGUGGUUCAUGGGCCUUACGGCCUCCACCCUAUCCCGAUCCCUAUCCUCCUCGCCUCGCCGCCGCCGCUCCUCCAAGAGCUCUUCCGACCCCAUGCCGCUCCAAACCGCUGCCGCGGUCAUUAAUCCGGCCCGCGACCACACCCUUGACCUCCCCGACGAGUGCCUGGCCCUCAUCUUCCACUCCCUCGGCUCCGGCGACCGUAAGCGCUGCUCCCUCGUCUGCCGGCGGUGGCUAGCCGUCGAGGGCCAGAGCCGCCACCGUCUCGCCCUCGACGCCCGUGCCGCACUCCUUGACCCCGCCCCGGCCCUCUUCGCCCGUUUCGACGCCGUCACCAAGCUCGCCCUCAAGUGCGACCGCCGCUCCGAGAGCAUCGGCGACGACGCCCUCGCCAUCAUCGCUGCCCGAUGCCCCAAACUCUCGCGUCUCAAGCUUCGCGCCUGCCGCCAGCUCACAGACCGCGGCAUGGCCGCCCUCGCCGCUAGCUGCCCCGCCCUCCGCAAGCUCUCUUGCGCCUCCUGCACAUUCGGCCCCGCGGGCAUCGCCGCCGUCCUCCUUUCUUGCCCCCUCCUCGAGGACCUCUCCAUAAAACGUCUUCGCGGCCUCACCGACGCCGCCGACCCCGUCGGCCCUCCCUCCUCUGCCCUCCGAUCCAUCUGCCUCAAAGAGCUCUACAACGCCCAGUGCUUCGCCCCCCUCAUCGCCGGCUCCCCCAACCUCAGAUCCCUCAAGAUCCUCCGCUGCUCCGGCGACUGGGACCUCCUCCUCGAGGAGAUCGCCGGCCGCGUCCCCGGCAUCUUCGAGGUUCACCUCGAGAAGAUCCAGGUCAGCGACCGCGGCCUCUUCGCCCUCUCUUCCUGCCCUGAUCUGGAGGUUCUCCACAUCGUCAAGGUCCCCGAGUGCACCGACGCCGGCGUCACCGCCAUCGCCGACAAGUGCCGCCUCCUCCGCAAGAUCCACAUCGACGGCUGGCGGACCAACCGGAUCGGCGAUCUCGGCCUCAUAGCCAUCGCCAGAGGCUGCCCCAAUUUGCAAGAGCUGGUCCUGAUCGGCGUCAAUCCAACGGUGCUGAGUCUGGAGCCGAUUGCCAGCAUCUGCCGUGGCCUCGAGCGCCUGGCGCUCUGCGGCUGUGAGACCAUCGGUGAUGCCGAGAUCUCUUGCAUCGCCGCCAAGUGCGCGGCGCUCAAGAAGCUCUGCAUCAAGGGGUGCCCGGUCUCGGACCGCGGCAUGGAGGCCCUCGCCGACGGUUGCCCCAGUCUCGUGAAGGUGAAGCUCAAGAGGUGCCGAGGUGUGACUCCCGAGGGCGUGGAGUGGUUGAGGGCAGCGAGGGGGGAAUCAUUUGCUGUCAACUUGGAUUCAGUUGAGAAGCAGGAGCAGGAUUUGAGCAUGAGCGAGAGCAGGGUGCAGGAAAAUGGAGUCGAGCAGAAUCCGGUAUUGGCUGAUCACAUUGCUGCCAUUGAUCUUCCAUCGAGCAGCAAUAGUAAUGGCCGGUCCGCAUCGUCGAAGGCCAGGUUAAGGAAUUUUGUUGCAAGUUUUAGGAGAUUGUCAGUUGGGAGCAGCAAUUCUCAUCACUGACCGAAAGGAAGGGCCAAACUCUUUGCUCAUUUGCAGCUUUAAAUUUUGUAUUUCUGUCUGCCUGCUGGUAUUAUUAUGUUUAUGUUGAACAUCAAUGUGUUCUUGUUACUGUUGCUAUUUAACUAAUCGUGUUGUCUUUCAAAAUUGAACCGUCAGGGAUCUGGUCGCUCAAAGUGUCAAUAUCAUGAAUUGCUUCUUGUUUUAGCUUUC